AGAAAUUUUACCCCCUUUUUUUGGGUUUUAAAGUAAUAGUCGGUUGGAGUGGGUCUAAGCCGUCCUAUCAAUCAGCUUCAGCCCUCCACACUAUAAAUGCCCCUCCACACCCAUCCCUCGAAACCACAUCAAAAACAACAUAAACAUAACAUAGCAGCAGCCACAACACCUGAAUUAAUUUCUCCCCAACACAUAAGAGAAAUCCACAAAAUGGCGGACGCCCUCGAGAUCUCCGCCAUCCCGGAAGAGCCCAAGUUCGAUCUCCCAGUAGACUCGGAGCACCGCGCCAAGACCCUGAGGAUCUUCUCCUUCGCGGGCCCCCACAUGCGUUCCUUCCACCUGGCGUGGCUCUCCUUCUGCACCUGCCUCGUCUCCACGUUCGCCGCGGCCCCUCUCGUCCCCAUCAUCCGCGACAACCUCGGCCUCUCCCGCUCGGACGUCGGGGCCGCCGGCGUGGCCUCAGUCUCGGGCAGCAUCUUCUCGCGCCUCGUCAUGGGCUUCGCGUGCGACCUCGUGGGCCCGCGCUACGGAUGCGCCUUCGUCAACCUCCUCGUGGCCCCCGUCGUGUUCUCCGUGGCGCUGGUCACGGACGCGGGCGGCUACGUGGCCGUCCGGUUCAUGAUCGGGGUGUCCCUGGCCACGUUUGUGUCGUGCAGCUACUGGACCAGCGUCAUGUUCGCAGGGCCUAUUAUAGGGACCGUCAAUGCGGUGGCUGCAGGGUGGGGGGACAUGGGGGGCGGGCUCACACAGCUCAUCAUGCCGUUCCUUUUUCAUAUGAUCAAGGUUGCCGGGGCCACGCCGUUCACCGCGUGGCGGAUUGCCUUCAUGGUGCCAGGCUGGCUGCAUGUUAUUGUUGGGGUCAUGGUCCUUACUCUAGGCCAGGACUUGCCGGAUGGGAACCUUGGCGCCUUGCAAAAGAGUGGCGAAGUCGCCAAAGACAAGUUUUCCAAGGUUUUCAAGCAUGCUGUGUCCAACUACAGAACGUGGGUGUUCUUCCUUGUCUACGGUUUUUCCAUGGGAGUCCAGCUCUGCUCAAACAAUGUUCUUACCGAAUAUUUCUACGACAGAUUCAACCUGAAGCUCCACACGGCGGGAACAGUAGCCGCAGCCUUCGGCAUGACCAACUUCUUCGCCCGGCCCCUAGGCGGCUACGCCUCUGACAUGGCUGCCCGGCGAUUCGGGAUGCGUGGCCGCUUGUGGGUACUGUGGGUGUUCCAAACCCUGGGGGGCAGCUUCUGCAUCUGGCUGGGGAAGGCGGAGUCCCUACCCCUGGCAGUACUUUCCAUGCUCCUCUUCUCGAUGGGGGCACAGUCCGCCUGCGGGGCCACCUACGGCAUCAUCCCCUUUGUCUCCCGACGGGCCCUGGGCCUCAUAUCGGGCCUGACUGGGGCCGGCGGCAACUUUGGGGGAGGGCUGGCCCAACUGGUGUUCUUCUCGUCCACCCGAUUCUCCGCAGGUGACGGGCUGACUUACAUGGGGUUGAUGGCGGUGGCAGGGACGCUGCCUGUGGCGCUGGUCCACUUCCCGCAGUGGGGGAGCAUGUUCUUGGGGCCGUCCGAGGAGUGGACGGAGGAGAGGUAUUAUGAGGGCGAGUGGAGUGAGGAGGAGAAGGAGAGAGGGCUGCACCAUGGGAGCCUCAAGUUCGCCCACAACAGCCGCACUGAGAGGGGAAGAUCAAGGGCCGUGGUCGCCGCAGCUUCCGGGACACCCGGGUCCACCCCGCUACAUGUUUAGUCUUAAUAAUUCUCAUAUAUAUAUAUAUAUAUUCUGUCGUUUGCGACAUAAAAUAAUUAGAUUUAUCGAAGUGGAGAAAAAGGCGAUUAGCAGCGUUAUGCUUAAUUGCUUAUGUAUGCGGUGAUAGGUUGUAUAUGGGCGUUUUCUAAUGCCUGUGGGUGUAUGUAGUGUCUUUCUUAUAAUUACACUAUAUACGUACUGAAAUUUAUAUUUUGCAGUAUUAUUCAUUGUGUAUGAAUAAUUACAUAGUUUUGUUUUGUGGGCUGUGAAUGACAUUUAACUCUUCGCUCAAUGUUUUUCUACAACGUUUAUACCAAUGUUUUAAAUACCGUACCGGUGACCAUAU